UCGUCCACCAUCAACCUCAGGCCCCCCAUGUCCAACAACUUGCGCUAUGUCGUCGCGCAGGAUCAGGAGCGCUUCGAUCUCUUCUUGGCAGAGCUCAAGCGCUUCGAUAUCCACGGCCGGCCCAAGAUCGACUUCUACCAACACAUGGCCAGGGUUGAAGGGAUGACGAACCACCACAGCGCAGAACACUUCAUGCGCAAGUACCGACCAGUGUUUGAUAAGCGUGUGCCGGCUUGGGACGCGCGGACACGGCCACAUGCGGGUGAGGAGGUGUCGCCGAAGACUGCGUCCAAGCCCACGCCAGCCAAAAAGGCUGUGCACUUUAAGAGUGCACAGAAUGCAGAGCGGAGCGAUGCCGAGAUCUCAGAAUUGAGCGUCGAGGAGAACGAAGGGGGGGACGAGGGGAAGAAGGGGGGACACACUGGCAAGGAGGAGGGUGGAGAGGAGGAAGAGGUGGAGGAAUGGGAGGGAAUCUUUGGGCUAGAUGACGAGGAGGUCACGGAAGACGAAGGUGAAGACGAUCCUGACUGGAUCGAGCCCGGGCGAGAGACGGCGGCCCCAUCUCGACGGCAACGGGAUAAGUCGCGGUCAGGUGAACCUUCAAAAUCGAGUACCUCGGCGCGUAAGCGCGCAAGCGACGGUCCCACGAACGAGGCCGGUAAGCGGCCGCGUCUGGAUCCUGCCGCACGCGAGACGCCGCUUAAGCCAGUGGCCACGAAGGCGGGCGAGACCUCGGGGAUCGGGUCCGCCGAUGGUUUGGCUAACGGGUCUGCCAGUGGCUCCGGUCAGACUAGGCCGCUGCCUCCGUCUCCGCCCAAGGACGCAACCAAGCCGCCCAAGGACGCAACCAAGCCGCCCAAGGACGCAACCAAGCCGCCCAAGGACGCAGCCAAGCCGCCCAAGGACGCAACCAAACCGCCCAAAAACACAGCUAGCACGUCGAGUCCGUCGAGCCGCGUCGCACCUCCAAAAGAGGCUCCAACACGCCCUCCUCUCGACUCCUCCUCCUCGACGAUCCGCCCCGUCUCCAACUCGGCACCGCAACGGCCAAACGCCGAGGCAGGACCGUCCCGCCCCCGCGUGAACACCUCAUCUCUCCGAGAUGUUACCAAGUCUGCUCCCUCGCCCCUCCGAGCAGGUGUCUCUACUGGCCCCUCGCCCCUCCGCGUUGGUGCUACAGCUGCAGCUGGCCCCUCGCCCCUCCGAGUUGCUGCGCCCCAUGGUUCAUCUCUUCGAACCAUUUCGCUCUCACAGUCUGACACUUUGCCUCCGCCUCUCUCCGCUGCGCCGCCCAGCGCUUUCCCAUCCUCAUAUGCGGUAGGCCCGCCGCCCUCUGUCGCGCCGGCUCCGCCACUGACCGCAUCACCAUCCACUGCCACUUCCCCCACCGCGCGGCCUGUCCAUGUUCGGCCUUCGACCGCCCCUACUCCUGCUGCGCUGUCCGCUUCUCCUACCACCGCUGAGCCCACAAAUGCUCAAUCUCUCACGGCUGUGGCAGUCAGCGCUGAGCCUCCAGCGGCUCAGUCCCUAAGUGAGCGACUUCCCGCCUCUCAAUCAGCUCGCAUCUCUACGCCUGCUGCUACCGCUGCUUCAGUCGAUGCCGUUGCCCCAGCUGCCGCCGCCGAGCAGGCGUCCAUCAUCGCGCAGGCGCCAGCCGUUGCGCCAGCGCCAGCCGUUGCGCCAGCGCCAGCCGUUGCGCCAGCGCCAACUGCUGCGCCUGCGCCAAACGCUGCGCCAGCGCCGAGCGUUGCGCGAGCGUCAACUGUCGCCCUAGCCCCCAGCAUCGCGCCGGCGUCAACCGUCGCGUCAACAGUCGCGUCAACCGUCGCACCGGCUUCCGACGUCGCGCCAGCCCCCGGAAGCACGCAGGCUUCAACCCCUACGCCGGUCCGGACCACUGCGCCGGCCUCCGUUGCGCCCACUCCCGCUGCAUCAGCGGCCACUCCCGCUGCAUCAGCGUCCACGGCCGCCUCAGCGUCCACGGCCGCAUCAGCGUCCACCGUCGCAUCAACGUCCACCGCCGCAACCGCGUCCACCAAUACGUCAGCAUCCACCACUGCCCCCACUGCCGAAGGCAAGCGAAAGCGCAAAAGUACACACGAAGUCGAUUUCAUCGUCAUCAAGAACGAGGCCGACGUCCCGCCAGCAGGGUGCAGCCGGCACUGCCUGCGUUGCGCUGAAUGGGGAUAUCUGCGCGUGAAGCACCAGCAGCUCACGCAUCUGCUGCAUGACCGGGACGACCGGCUGAUCGCACAGCAGCAGGUGUACGAGGAAAUGCAGAAGGAGAUUGCGGCGCUGCAGGCGCAGCUGGCGUUCAAGGACAAGCAGCUUGCCGACAAUGUCGUGCAGCUUGCGCGGCUGGACCGCCUCAUCGACAUGAUUGAAUGGCCGAAUCGGAAGUAG